GCUCGGCCGGAAACUCCGCUCCAUUUCCAUUACAAACUCGGCCCUCCGGCUGCGGGGUUUUUUUUUUCAGGCAGUGUGCAGCAGAAGUAAAGGUUUGCGAGCAUGUUAUGGCCGCUUAACCUCCGUUAGUUCUUCAGGUUAGAUUAUCCAGCUUUGUUUCUCCCGUUAUUUCAGUAAAGACUGAGUUUUUUCCUCUCCGUGGUGCAGAUGUAUGCGGCUUGGCGGCAGAAUUUUCUUCUCUUACUUUUCUCGGGACUCUUGUAAACAUGCAGCCCCCGCCAAGAAAGGUGAAAGUGAGUCAGGAGCUGAAGCACGCUCACGCAGAGCAGCUGAGCAAACUUAACGUGAAACAUCAGACUGACUGUGACCUUCUGGAAGACCUGAGGACGUACAGCCAGAAGAAAGCAGUUAUAGAGAAAGACUAUGCACAGGCACUGCAGAAGUUGGCUUCUCAGUAUCUAAAGAGGGAAUGGCCUGGGGUCCAGUCAGAAGAGCAGAAAGACUACGGGAACGUUUGCACAGUGUGGAGGGCGUAUUUAGAGGGUGUAGUGAAAGUGACCCAGUCUCGGAUCAGUGGCUGUGACAGCUACAGGAGCCAGAUUUCAGAGCCUAUCAAGACUUUCCGGGUGCACAAAGAGCAGCAACUAAAAAAGUGUAUCGAGCAGCUUACGCGGGUUCAGGCCGAGUUGCAGGACACGGUGAAAGACCUGACCAAGUCCAGAAAGAAGUACCAGGAGACAGAGCAGAUGGCCCAGGCCGUGAGGGAGAAAGCAGAUAUGGAGGCAAAGUCCAAACUCAGUCUGUUCCAGUCCAGAUCCAGUUUAAAAAGAGCAAGUGUGAAGUUGAAAGCCAAGAGAAAUGAGUGUAACUCCAAAGCCACCCAUGCCAGGAAUGAAUAUCUGCUUACUCUGGCAGCAGCCAACGCCCACCAGGGCCGUUACUAUGAGACAGAUCUGAUCAGCUGUAUUAAGGUCCUGGAUGGCAGUGUGUAUGAUCACAUGAAAGGCUACCUGGUUUCACUGUGUCAGGCCGAGCUGGAGGCAUCCCAUGUCAUUCAGGACACCUUCAACUUCCUGCUGGAGAAGUCCAGUGGGGUUAUACAGGACUUUCAUCAGGAGCUCUUUAUCCAGGAGAAUGCUGCGUUUCAGAAAGCUUCCCCCUUCAACUUUCAGCCCUGUGACAAUGAUUCUGUAAUGCAGGUAGUAAAGGAGAGCGGCACGGCGGAGGAGCACAGCCUGAAUAAAGAGGCACGGAAGUGGGCCACCCGUGUAGCCAGGGAACACAAGAGCAUCAUCCAUAGUCAACGGACCCUAUCGGAGUGUGAAGGGAUGCCUCAGCAAGAGCAAAACUCCAGCGAAUUGGAGCUGAAAAUGGAGGAGGCAAAAGAGAGCAUCCGACAAGCAGAGACAGCGAAGCUGAAAGCUGAGGCUCGUCUAAACCUGCUGAGAGAUGUGGGUGUGGCUGUGGACACCUGGAUAAAAAGCGCCAUGAACCAAGUGAUGGAGGAACUGGAAAAUGAAAGAUGGGCCACAAUUACUCAUGAUGCCUCUAUUUCUAGCACAGCAGAUUUUGACAGAGAGGAGGACGAGGAGAUGGAGGACACAGAAACACUAGAUGAUAGCAGCUCCAGUCCUUCUAGCACUUUGAGGAACUACCCGCUCACCUGCAAAGUGCUUUACUCAUAUCAGGCAUCACAACCAGAUGAGCUAACUAUUGAGGAGCAGGAAGUGCUGGAAGUCAUAGAUGAUGGUGAUAUGGAAGACUGGGUUAAGGCUAGAAACAGAGCAGGGCAGGUGGGCUAUGUGCCUGAGAAGUACCUGCAGUUGCCCUCCUCUAACAGUCUACUAAGCAUGCUUCAGUCCCUGGCAGCCCUGGACACACGCUCGUACUCCUCCAACAACUCCACCGAGCAAGAGCCUGAAUCUACCACUGAGCAGCAUGUCCAGACCAGCCCCAAUGGAGACAACAGCGUGCACUUUGCAAAGGCAUUGUAUGAUUAUGAGGCUCAGACCGAGGACGAGCUCUCCUUUCCCGAGGGAGCCAUCAUCCGCAUUCUGAACAAAGACAACCAGGAGGACGACGGUUUUUGGGAAGGCGAGUUUAACGGCAGCGUGGGGGUCUUUCCUGCCGUGCUCGUGGAAGAUCUGGCCGCACCAAAAGGCGAGGACACGCACACAGGCGUGGAGACACAGGAGUCUCUGUGUAAUCAGAGUCGUCCUCCUCGUCCACUGUCUAUGACUCAGUACCAGCCCUCGUCCAGCAGUAGUCCAGUCUCCAGUCCUCUUGCCACACCCACUCUGCCCUCUCCAAUUUCCAGCCCAGCCAGCUCCUCAGCAUCCCCUCUCGCCAGCCCACGCUCCCUUAAUGGCUACCACAGACCAGCCCCGGCACCCCCCAAAGCACCCAGCAACAACCAUGCCCACAACUCCACACCUCCACCCAGGUACCCUUCAGACAGCAGAGCAGGAACACUGAGGCCUGUACGUGCUGCACCUCCCCCUCCCCCUCCCAAACAGCAGGCCCAGGGUCAAGUGCAGAAGAAAGAAGAAGUGGAGAUCACGCUUGUGUAAUGGUGCUGCCCUGGUGGUCGCUCCUGUAUUUUACUCGACUUCCACGGUAGUCUCUCAGCCCACUCUGGGUGGAGGAACGCUUCGGGUUUGGAUCGUACUAAAACCCAAAUGGUAGCACAGAGGAAACGUCGGAUGCAUCUGGAAUGCAUUUUGCAAACAGCUGAGUUCAAGCAAGCCAGGGAUCUCUUCAUGUGAUCCGCUUCCAUCUACCCUCCUCUGUUUUGUCUUCUGUAUUGAAGUCAUUAACUGUGUACUGAGCAUGCUGGGGGAUCAGUGACAGCCAGUGGAUCAUCAGUCAGUGGAAAAACCCUGUGGUUUUCUUUUCAAGUUUUAAAUUUCAGAUGAAUUUAUUACAGCUGGCAUUUGACUCUUCCGUUUACUUCCUGUGGAACAGUAUCACAGUGUGACAGGAGCUGGCCCGCCCAGCCGAGAACACGACUGGAAGUAAAAUAGACUUCUUCAAGGGAAAAGUGGCAAUUUCAUUUCAGUGCAUUUCAAAUUAAUAUGAAUUUGUAAGUAUUUACAUGUGUAUGUUUUUUUUUUUUUUUUUAGCUAUCUCUCUUUGUAAAACACUAUUUGAAUGCAGAAUUUAAAAUAAGUAUUGGGUUCACGACUAACACAUUUGACCUUAUUGAAUCUAACAUGCUUUUUUUGUGGUCAAACAGUAUUUUUAUUUUGAGAAAUGUUCUUUAUGGUAUCAUAUCAGAACUGUCUGUUGAUUUUCCAAGGCUGUGGGAGGUUUAAUGUAAAGAGCUAGAAAGUUGACUUCAUAGCUCUCAAAGCAAGAGUGAGACUUAUUGAGACAGAAUUUCCCUGGCAAGGCUCAAAAAGCACUUUAGUGUUCAGAGAUAUAGAGCAUUUCAGUAUUAUUGCUUGUGGAGUCCGCUGUUGUCAUUUAGUUUAUGCUGCUAGCCCUGAUAGUUUAGAUUCCACCAUUUUUUGGGUUGAUGUAAUUUAUUUUCCUGAAAUUAAUAAUAUGUAACAGUUGUCUUCUCUAACACGAUUUUCUUUAAACCAGAUAGUUUACAGAUGGUCUGAGACAUAGAGGAAUACUAUACCUAUACCUUUAACAGUCGUGUUUUGAGGUUCUGCAUUUGUUUUAUUAAUUGCAGGUUUAGAAAGGUGAUGAUUGUGUUGAAAUGUAGUUAGCUAGAGCAACAUUAAAACUUAUAUUUUUGUUUCUCCUGUUGCAUGUAAAAAAAAUUUUUUCAUGAGUUUACAGUUUAUUUUUCCCGUUUUCAGUAUCAGGUGCUUGAGCAGACGUUUAUUUCUCGACGUUGCUUAAAAGCAGCUGAACACCCAAAUGAACUCAGUUGCCUUAGCAACACCAUCAAAAGACAAAAGUCAUGUAUGUAUUUAUCAUGUAAAAAUGAUGAAUAAUAAAAGUGUAAAAGACA